AUGUUAUCAUUAUUGCCAAUUUUACUUGGCUAAGUUUUGUGCCAGGUAUGUGAACAAUCUAUAAGGUAUGAAUCCUACCAAUAUUCGAUUAAUAUCGUUGAUCCUAAAUCAGCUUAAAUAUGGAACUAUGAUGAUUUGACAAGUAAGAUUGAAAUAAAAAAAUAGGGGUAAAUACCAAUUGUCCACCACUAACAUCUGAUUUAAAGGAUAUAGAAAGCUCAGCUAUCGAAUUGUUAGAUUUACAAAUAAUUUUGGAUAUACCUGAAAAUCUAACAAUCACAAGGAAUAGAACUGCUGGUCCAACAGUAUAAUAUUAGACUGAUGGAAUAAAGAUGAGAAGCCAAGGAAUUAAUAACUAUGUUUCNUGA